UAGUCCCAUACGUGUUCAAUACGAUAACGAGUACUUUGGCCGAGCUUUAGCGCUCCAGAAUUAGUAACAGCGACCGAGACUCUUUGGGUUCCGUACAGACUGUGCACGGGUUGUAGCCUUUCAGUGGAGCCGCGGAGGAAGCUGGGGGUCCCAAGACCCCGAGGUAAGAAGGGAACCUGCGAGUUCCGUACCGCCCCUACCACCCGCACCUUCCGAAGCGCCGCGCGCGCGCGCAGAUGCGGACCCCCAGACACAAACACAGACAGACAGACUCAGACACACCACGCACACGUACACGCCCCCACCUCCCAUCCCUCUGGCCCAGCCACACUGGAUGGGGAAGGAUAACGCUGAGCGAGGGCAAGCACCGAGGUGGCCCCAGCCUUCCCCCUCGCGCCGCCCGCACCCCACAGCCCUGAUCCAUUUCUUGGAGCUCCCCACCUCUGGCUUCACUUCGUUACACUUGGGGGGGGAGCCGAGGGGGCUUGCGGGAAACUUGCCCCUUCAACUUUUUCUGGACCCGCAGGGAGGGGGCGGGGCUUGCCGGAUGAAAGUGAAGGCUAAAUCUGUACUUCCCCAGUUUCUCCAGUGCUCACCCCCCGCGGCCGGGAGGGCGAAGCUGGGGGACGAGCGGGGUGUCCGGGACGCGGCUCGUUGUCGGACCGCGAAGGCUGGCGGGUGGAAAGGCUGCGGGGACAGCGCCCGCGACCAUGGCUUCUGACUAUUCCGGUGAGGAGUCCGACUCUCCCGUGGCCUUGAAUGUGGCCCGCCAGGUCGCCUGCGCCCUCCUGGGCUUGGCAUUCGCCCUGGGCGUCCCGGGCAACCUGACCGUGGUGUGGACCGUGUGCCGAAGGAUGAGCGCUCCCCCGCCCACCGUGCUGCUGAUCGUCAACCUGGCGGCGGCCGACCUGCUGACGCUGCUGACCGUGCCCUUCUGGAUCCACGCGCUGGCCGGCCCCUGGAGCCUGGGGCCCUUCGUGUGCCAGGGGCUGGUCUGGCUGGUCAACGCGUCCAUGUACUCCGGCGUGCUGCUCAUCACGCUGCUGAGCGCCGAGCGCCUGGUGGCCCUGGCGCGCCCCUUCCACCUGCAGCGCUGGUGGCGCCGGGCCGGGGCGCGCAGGGUGCUGGCGCUGCUGUGGGUCACCGCCUUAGCCCUGGCCGUGCCCGCCACGCUCACGGCCGACACCGACGCCUGCCUCCAACGCCAGUUCUCGUCGGGCCGGCAGCUGGUGACGCUCCUUCUGCUGGAGACCUUGGCGGGCUUCGUGGGGCCCUUCACCGUCACCGCCGUCUGUUCGGCCUGCGUCCGCAGCCGUCUGCGCCGGCUGCGCCACCCCGGCAGGCAGCGGGCCGGCCGGAUCGUGACCGCCGUGGUGCUGGUCUUCGCCGCGUGCUGGCUGCCCUACCACCUGUCCAACGCGGCCGCCGUGGCGGCCGAGCUGCUGGCAGCCCCACCGGCAGAGCCCGCCGGCUGGCUGCACUCCGCGGCCCACGUCGGGCACAACGUCUCGGCGCCGCUGGUCUUCCUGAGCAGCUGCAUCAACCCUCUGCUGUACGCUUUCGCCGCCCGCCGGAUCGCCCGGGCAGGGGGCUUGGCUGGCCUUUUCGCCCGAAUGGUGCCCGAUUUCUACAGCGAAGGAGCCCAACACGGGGACAGCCGGACGGCCAGGGAAAACACCUCGGGCCAGCCUUUGGACUCUGCCGAGUGAGGAAGACCCGGUUUCCACCGACACCCUGCUCUCUCUGCAGCGGAGGGGAGAGCUCUAGGCUUGUAAAUCUUUCAAUUCCCAGUGGUUAAAGAGUUGGAUAGGAUUUUCCUGGCAACAUCCUUAAAGAGGGGGUAGGGCUGAUAUUAACCCCCAUUUUACAGAGGAGAAAAUUGAGGCGGGAAGAAUUAAAAGACUUGAAAGUUUCAAGGCUACUAAGUGUCAGAGCUGCGAUUUGAACUCAGUGUCCUAAAUUCACAUCUAGGCUUUUCCCCAUUAUCUCACCUGCAGAAUCCACAGAAAGGUAAAACUGGGGAGACAAGGAAGGGGAAGGUCCUUAGUUCUAGGCCAUCCUUGGGAUACAGAAUCCUUAUUGCAGAGACAAGGAAGGGGAAGGUCCUUAGUUCUAGGCCAUCCUUGGGAUACAGAAUCCUUAUUGCAGAGACAAGGAAGGGGAAGGUCCUUAGUUUUAGGUCAUCCUUGGGAGGGGAGAAUUUGAUAAGGUGAGUGGGGUCGGGGACAGGGUAGAGUCUUGACUUGUUUCAAAUCCAUAUAUAUUUUUAAUUUAAUAUUUUAUUUUUACUUUGUUAUAUGUAAAAAAGUCUUAACAUUUUAAAAAAUCAUUUUGAGUUCCAAGUUCUCUCCCUCUGUCCCAUUGAGAAAGAUAGAAAUUUAAUACAGGUUUUACACGUGCAGUUAUCAAUAUACAUACACUUAUUAUGAACCUAAAAUUGCUAGACGUUGGAAAAUAGAAAGAUAAAAACAACAUAAGCUCUACCUUUAAAGAGUUUACAUUCUGAUGUGGGAGAAGGGAACACCAUGCUCAGACAGAGAAGUAUAACAGAAAACAGUAAAAAAGGAAGCAAGGAGAAAUCCAGACCAAGUACUCUAGGAUUUUGAUUAAUAAAAUGACCAACCACAAUUCCAGAAGACUAAUAAUUCUGUUGACAAAGAGAUGAUGAACUUAAGGUGCAGAAUGAGACACAGAUUUUUGGACACAACCAAUGAAGACAUUUCUUUUGCUUAACUAUAUGUUUUUAAAAUAUAUUUUAUUUC